UCAGAAAUGUACUUUCCUCGAACUUGUUCAAAAUAUUAUACAUUUUGAUUUACACUAAGGCCAUCGACACAAAAUCACAAUUUGGCUGCCUUUUCAGCCCUUUUUGGUUUGAAUUACUUGUUGUUCGAGUUAAAAAGUAAUUCAAUUAGCAACAAUCUUUAAGAUAAUUCGUUCUCUGCGUUUUCCCUAAUGAGUCUGAUACACUUUAACAAGUACGAGGAUUAUGUGGAUAGCUUCAUAACCAUCAAGGACAUUCGCUACUUGGGCAACAAAAAGGUCCAGAGGAAGUUGAUCCAGAAUGCCUGCGGAAAGAGCUGCCUGGGCAGCCUGCUUACUCGCGAGCAAUUCCACCAGCGAAAGGACAAGGAGUUAAUCCUACUGAGGCCACGGGGAAUAUGUGGAUCCCAACUUUUCGGCGACUAUUUGAACAACAACGACGAAGUCCUCAAGCAGUUUGCCAUUCGGGAGAAGAAACUGGUUGAGAAACAAAUGUCGACCAUUGUCUACCUGGUGAUGCGCUCGAAAAAGGGUCUGGAGAUCUCCAGCUUCCUCGACCUGGAGCAGAGUCUUCGGGAGUCGCGAUGCCAAAGCUCUCUGGAUUAUGCGGACUGGCGAGGUAUUUUCGAGGGUCGGAAGAAGUUGAUGCCAUCGCGGAACCACCUGAGCUACUUCGAUUGGUACCAGAACCGAGUGUCCUACAAAAACAGUGAUAACUUCAGGGUGGGAAACAAAAGGGCCCACAGCCUGUUGAUAAUCCAUGUGGGGGAUCACAAAAUGUGCUGCGUAAAUGCUACCUGUGACUGUGAAUACACGAAAAAUGUCAGCCGCGAAACUCAUUUCUCCCCCACUUAUGGAUAUGUCAUAUUCUUUGACCACAUAAUCAGGCGCAUUAAUUAGCGAGGGCUUUAAAACGUCAAUAAUACGUAAUCGGGGAUAAAUUGGAUAUAAAAAUAAAAUAAAAUGAGAAUAUUGUCCUCGAGGG